GAUGCACAUCCAACAUGCAUCAGAAUUUUGUCAGAAAAAUAAAAUAAUAAAACAAUUGUUUGUUUAUUCUAUUGUCAAUUAUUAAAUAAAAACAAUUGGCCUAUCAAGUGUUGAUUAAGUUUAUUAAAUUGUUAAUAAAAAAACCAUCAAAAUGGUUAAAUUAACACCAGAUUUGAUUCAACAAUCAAUGCAGUAUAUAAAUCCAGUAAGAGACCGGGAACUUGAUCUUCGAGGUUACAAAAUUCCAACAAUUGAAAAUCUUGGUGCAACACUGGAUCAAUUUGAUACAAUUGAUUUUUCUGAUAAUGACAUAAGAAAAUUGGAUGGAUUUCCAUAUUUAAAAAGAAUAAAAACAUUAUUUUUUAAUAAUAAUAGAAUAAUAAGAAUAUCAGAUGGUUUGGAGCAUUGUAUACCAAAUUUGGAAACACUUAUGUUAACAGGAAAUAUGUUACAAGAACUUGGUGAUUUGGAUCCAUUGAUACAGCUUAAAAGUUUAACAAGUUUAUGCUUAUUACAAAAUCCAGUAUCAGCAAAACCACAGUAUCGUCAAUAUUGUAUUUAUCGUAUUCCACAAUUACGUUUAUUGGAUUUUAGAAAAAUUAAAGAAAAAGAACGUUUAGCAGCUGCUGAAUAUUUCAAGAGUAAACGUGGUAAAGAAAUGGCUAGAGAAAUAUCAAAAAAAGCUAAAUUACAAUCAAUGAUAGGAAUACCAGAUAAACCAGUUAUGACUAAUGAUGAAAAAAAUAAAAUAAGAGAAGCUAUAUCAUCAGCUUCAUCACUUGAAGAAGUCAGAAGACUUGGUAAAUUACUACAAGCUGGUCAUAUUCCUGGAGGAGAACAACAAGAAAAUGGCAAUGGAGCAGAAGUUAUGGAAGAAGAAGAUGAUGAUGAUUGAGCGUAAGAAUCAUCGAAACAUUUUAAUUUAAUUAAAAUAAUAAAUUCAUUAAAAGUAAGUAUAACUGGUUAAUCAAUAAUCCUUUUUUUUUGUUUAUUUUUUUUUUUAUUGAUAAAGGAUUGAGGAAUAAUUGUAUGUUAUAUUAAGUUAAUAAGACAAUGGUUACUACACAAAUCAAU